AUGUUUCGCAUCCCCGGGUCUGGAGGCCUUCUCAUUGGAUCGUGGGAUCUCCACCAGGACACUCCCAAGAUUCAAAAGUUGCGGUACGGAGAGUUUCCCAACGUCAGCAUGUCCGCACUCCAGACUAUGGAGUCGUGCAUCUCUAGCGCGCACUUGGUUGAGUCAGGACCCACCCGUGAAACCUUCUUGGUUAAGUGGUACAAGAAGCUGAAGAAGUCCACCACAAGUGGUAGGUUGAUAACUGAAACGUAUCAUCUAAUAGUUUUCAAGCUUGACGAUCAAGGAAACGCUGUUCCCACUAAGGACAUUGGAGAUCUCUGCAUUUUCCUCUCAGAUUCCGAGCCUUUCUGUGUCCUUGCAAGCUCUUUUCCUGACGUGCUGCGCCCUAACGAACUUGUGACCUAUGCUAUCAACGAACAUUUUGAUUUUUGCCUUACAGAGUCCCUCGUCAAGACAAAAUAUUCUGAUCCUGACAUCAGGGCCCCUUACCAUAUCCCACCUCAAUAUAUAGACUAG